AUGAACUCGGACCCGAAUUGGUCCUCACUUAACGGAAUCGUCAAAAAUAGACGGUCAAUCCUCAAGCAAAACCGCUUCACCGGUCCAAUUUCGGACCUCUCCAACCUUACCGCCUUAAAACUCCUCUUCCUCUCUGAAAACCGCUUCUCCGAUGAGUUUCCAGCGUCGCUAAUUUCACUCUCCAACCUCUACCGCCUCGAUCUCUCCCGCAACAGAUUCUUCGGCGAAAUCCCCCUAUCCGUCAACCGCCUCACGCAUUUGCUCACCCUCCGCCUCGAGGAGAACUCCUUCUCCGGCGCAAUUCCUGAUUUACACUUGCCGAAUUUGCAGGAAUUCAACGUGUCGGGGAAUAAGUUCCCGGAGCUAUACCUAGCUCGUUUUCUAAAUUCCCUGCGACGUCGUUUUGGGGGAAUCCGACAUUGUGCGAGACGCCGUUGGAGAAAUGUGGUGAAAUUGCAUCGCCGGUGA